CGCGCGCGCAAAGAUGGCGACGCCCUAUGUGACGGACGAGACCGGCCGGUACAUCCCGUCCACGCAGCGGCCGGACGGGACCUGGCGGAAGCAGCGCCGGGUCAAGGAGGGCUACGUGCCCCAGGAGGAGGUGCCCGUGACCUGCUCCAGACUCCUCCUGUCCCUUUCAAGAGGUGGGACAGCAACAACAACCGGGGAUAAGGGAGGUGAAAAAAGCUCGGAAAACGCCGGAGAUCAUCCCGGGAAUAACGAGAGGAGUAACGAGAGGAGUAACGAGAGGAACCGGCGGAUCAAGAGCCUGAGGAAGAAGCUGAGGCAGGUGGAGGAGCUGCAGCAGCGGAUGGAGGGAGGGGGGAUCCCCCAGCCCACCAAGGAGCAGCUGGAAAAGUUGGGAAGGAGGAAAGCGCUGGAGGAGGAACUCAGGGGGUUGGAGCUGGACUCGUAA